GACGAAACAACAAGAGGCCUCUUCCCCGACACAACCGUUCUCUUUCCUUUUGCCACAAGCAAUAACUAAAUAUUCGUUGUCACGAGAGACAACUUUGCGGGAAAGACGAAACGAGGGCUCGAUGAUUUUCGCAAACCAUUUUGCCGCUGCCGUAGCUGUUGCCGCAUUGUCCUUCGAUCCUUCCCGUGGUGGUGUGGACGCGGCCGAAUCAACUGAUUACAGGGUGAGAUGCAUUCCUUUUCAAUCACCGCCGGUAUGCGUUGGUGCCAUUUACGUAGCGACCCCGAUGCCUAUGGGUUUCCCAAACGGAACGUAUGCUAUGGUCGGUGGAUACUUGUUUGCUUAUGACUUCGUGGAAGGGUUAGAAGAUGGGGAGGAUGACAUGGGAUCGAUCUUCGAUGCCUUGACGGGAUCGGUGCUCGAGGUGAAAAUCCGUGACGACGGCUCCUGCGCCAUCACGUUAGUAGAGCCUGGUGACGAACCCAACGGAGGAAAAGUCUACACCGCGUGCAAUUCGUGCUCUACCGUGUCUUGCUCAAAUACCGACGUUGCCUUCGACUGCUCCAACCUGGAAAACGGCAGGGUUUCUAACCCCGGCGAGUGCGAAAGUCCCUAUGCUCAACCGUUCUUCUAUCCGUUCAACACCGAUGUUAGCGGCGGCGAAACCGAGGCGCCAACGGUCAAAGAAACCAGCUCCGUCGGCGACGAAAGCAGCCUCGAUGACCUGAAGCCCGGAUUCGCAGACCUCUACGAUCCCGCCAAGGCCGCGAUGCCCCCUUCCGGAGAAAAGGACGCGAGCAUGGGAGACAUUGCGGAAGGAUCCUCCUCCUCCGGUGGGUCGACGGCAGAGGUCCAUUCGACAACCAUGCAAAUCCUAGCGUUGUCCGGAAUGGUUGCUGCUAUGAUGAGCCUCUGGAUGUAGCUACAGCGUAUGUGUCUCGCUUCAAGCCGUUCUCUUGAAAGUAUUUCAACUGCGUCUCGCUUUCCUGUAACCCUAUCAUAAUAAUGAGUAUUGGAAGUACUAACUUUGAGUCGGGGGUUGAGGAGCCCCUGUUUAGAAGAAGUGCGACUAAAAUACUACAAGCUUUCAAGAAUCAAGAACAGGCAUUCGUCUCAUCCUUCUUAGUAUUCUGGGCGUACCAAUAUGUUGCCUUCAUAUAGCUUAGGAAUGUGUGGAUAAAUCACUACGAGGAUCAAUUACAAGCACGAGGAGUAGCUAGGGAAUAACCUCACUGCACUCACUCUUCAUAAUAUGCAACCUCGUAUCGUAAAGUAAGGAGCACCGUCAUCAAGUCUUUUUUACUGAGUGGGUUGAUUCGCCGCUCCCCGUCGCAAAUGACAGAGUCAGAUCGAUGUUUUCCUAAGUUUCACAAGGAAUACAAAUAAUAAUUUGACUAGGGCCCUCCGUUAGUUUUUGAGGAAGAAAGUCACAAACCAAACCCAUCAACGAGUUAAUGAUAAGAAGCAAUAGCAUUGCCCAGGUAAUAUUGUUCUCUUUGCUUCUCCUUAUUUGAACAAGGGGAAACAAAGGGAAACAAGGACCGACAGUAUUCUCUUAGUAUCUCUUUGCUGCAACAACUAGAAACAAUGAGAAUAUAACCCAUUGAAUAAAAAAAUAUAAAAAUU